AUGGCUGCCUCCAAUUCCAACACUGUCAGCUUGAAGCUUUUUAUAGACCCAAAUUCUAAUAGACUUCUGUUUGCAGAAGCUGGUAAAGAUUUUGUUGAUUUUCUAUUCAGUAUUAUGUUAUUGCCUGUUGGCACUGUGAUUAGGCUCAUUGGUAAACAAGGAACAGGGUGCAUUGGAAACAUUUACGACAGCAUUGAAAAUUUGGGCAAUUCCUAUAUGCUGUCAGAAAACAUCACAGACAUCCUUUUGAAGACUCAAGCUUUUAACUAUGGUGUUUACAAACCUGGGUUGUGGUCAUCCCUGUCAACGUCAAUAUACACCAAAUUCUACAGGUGUAGUAACUACAAACCAAAAGAGGAUUGUAGCAAGUAUAUGGCAAAUGGUUUCUCUUGGUGUCCUAGCUGCUACAAACAAAUGGACCUUGAUUUCACUUUUGUGAAUUUUCGAGAUAAGGUAGGGGUAGGUUUUGUCAAGGAAUCUGUAACUUAUAUGAUAACGGAUGAUCUGGCAGUGAGGCCUAUGUCUGCUAAAUCUAUUUUCACUUUGCUCAACCACUUGAACAUAAAGGAUGCUGGUGAUCUUGAAGAGAAAGUCAUUGCCGUUGGAGCUAAUGAGGGAGUGGAAUUGCUUAGGGCAUCCAUGCAGACAAAAACGGUGCUUACUGCUGUUUUCCUUGGUGGGAAGAAGGAAUCCUCCAUAAAGUCCGAGCCUAUUCACUGA